ACGUCUAAGAGGGAGAGAAAAUCGCCGGGAAGCAGCGUGGCUGCGCGGCGAGCAGUGCCGAAGCGAAGAGCACCGAUGUAGCCGAACACAACCGAGGUCGCGAACGUCGACCGAGCGAGUCUCUCUAUCUCUCUCUCUCUCCUUCUAUCUCACACACACUUUCUCUUUCUCUCUCUCUCUCUCUCUUAUACGCGCGUUCUCUUUUCACUCGGCGCUCAGCUCCAAUAUUUCAGUGUAUGCACAUCGGCCGGCCGGCGUGCAUAGUCUCUGUUAAUAGUGUUGUGUUUUUGGAGCAAAUGAUUUUCGCGUAGAAUAUUACUUUUCUAUUGUGCUAUUUUUAUCAACAUAUAUACGAAGCGGCUGCCUGUGUGUGCCAAAUUUAACGAUCAGACAACGUCGUGCUCGUGCCUUGAGCAGCGCCGGGCCCCAGGGCCCGGUCGCUCUUAUUUCCGCCCAGAUCGACCCCGGGAAGCACGCAGUGAUGGAGCUCGCAGGCUCGUCUCAAAGAAGAACCGACCGCGAUCUCUGUACGAGCGUUAACUAUCGACAACAGUUUGCCUUAUUAAUAGUCAUUGCGAGUCAUUGUACAAGAGUCACUACCUCUAUCGACGGAGGUAUAUCUUUGAAAAAAAUAGGGACGAGAUAGAAUACUAGAAAAGAAAAAAGGAGGAAGUGAGAGAGAGAGAGAGAGAGAGAGAGAGAGAGAGAGAGCGAGAAAGAGAGAGGAGAGAUAGAGAAUGAUAUACAAAACGUCAUCGUAUCAAAGGGUCAAGUCGUGUCGAAAUGAAUAGGCGCGAUAAGCAGCCGCGAGCUCGACGAAAAUUAGGGACACGAGAAUGCACAUUGAAGGGGACGUGAUGAUGUGAGAAGAAAACGUAAGAGAAGGAAAAGUGGAUUCCAAGACGAAGACAUUUAGAUAGGAAAAGUGUAUAGAAACGGAUACGCGAAGCUGGCGACCCACGCUCGUGACAGUGGCUCUCGUGGGUCUCGGACCCGCUGCAGAGCCAAUGGUGGGUCACUUUCCAGUCGCGGUAGCGCUACGGGGAUGCAGUGCGGCCUGUGUGCUGUUGUCGCCGGCCUGUUUCGUCGGGCCAUGUGCAUCGCAGGUAGCCGUCGCGGCUCUGGGGAGUCUUGUUAUCAGGAACUGGCCAUGGAUGUGCAAGAGAGACGUCAUUCGCAGAUGGAGCACGUGGAGACCGAACUCAUGAAAGCGAGCGAGAUCGCGGAGAGAGUGAAAAAUGUCAUUCAGAUGGAAGAGAGGCGUACUGCUGAGAUAGCGAUGGAUAAAGAGGAGCAAAAUGUGAUGUUCGUGCGUAUCUUUGAUAGCAGCUUAUAUCGUGAUUCUGGCACAUCGGUCACAUUAUCGAAAGUACGUGAUGGAUCUACAAGAGAAGUAGCAUUCAGGCAUUUAUCUGACACGGACCGAAUUCUGUUGGAAAACUUGGACAUCGAUCGAUGCAGACCUAGGCAAACUGGUCGAUUUUUGACGAUACACAAGAGACGGCGUAAGAAGCUUAUCACUAGAUCCUUGAGUCAAGAGCCUGGCAUUCUAGACGAUAUUUUCCACGGACUAGUGCAGUGCGUUUUACAAAGGGCUGGAAAUUGGAGAUUUAACGCUUUUACGCUAGAAACAGUAACAGGCGGUCGUUCGCUGCCGGUAUUAUGUGUCCAUCUCUUUCAUUGGUAUGGGCUUUUACAAUAUUUCACCUUGGAUGUUGUAACAGUAUGGAAAUUAUUCGCUUUUAUCGAGGAGGGUUAUCACAGUACAAAUCCUUACCACAAUAGUGUACAUGCUACAGACGUCACUCAGGCAAUGCAUUGUUUUCUCCAAGAAGAAAAGAUUAAACCACACCUAACCAAUUUAGAAAUUAUGGCUUCCUUGAUAGCGGCUGUAACACAUGACUUAGAUCAUCCUGGUGUCAAUCAGCCAUUUUUGGUUGCGACGAGUAAUCAUUUGGCUGCACUUUAUCAGAAUACCUCUGUUCUCGAAAAUCAUCAUUGGAGAUCAGCCGUAGGAUGUCUUCUAGAUAGCGGAGUCUCGGCAGAAUUACCGGCCGAUGUGAGACCGGAACUUCAACGGCAUAUCAGUUCAUUAAUUUUAGCAACAGACAUUACGAGACAACAAGAGUUUCUUACAUGUUUUAGGGAUUAUUUAAACCACAAUUCUCUCGACAUGAAACGCGCGGAAGAUCGUCAUUUUAUUUUGCAAAUUGCUCUAAAGUGCGCCGAUAUUUCCAAUCCUUGUAGACCGUGGGAUAUAUCAAGAAAAUGGUCUUACAAAGUUUGCGAGGAAUUUUUCAGACAGGGCGAUUAUGAGCGUCGUCUAAAUCUUCCGGUAACACCGUUGUGCGACCGACAUACCACUAGCAUCCCAAAGAUCCAGGCUGGUUUCUUUAAGCACGUUGUUACUCCUCUUUAUAUGGAAUGGCACCGUUUUCUUGGCGAUGGCCUAAGCGUAUCAUUAAUGGAAUACUUGAAGACGAAUCAGAAAAAAUGGGAAGCAUUGAUCAAUCAAGAGAUUGAACAAACAGAAACCGAAAUUUCCGAGCUGGACGAACCUGAAGGCGCUAUUAGUUCAGGCGAGGAAACAGCUGCCAAUGAUGAUUCAGGCAGUAUCGAUUUAUUAAUACCAGCCGCUUACGCACAAACAGCGCGAAUGCCGACGCUGCCAGGACGAGUUGGACUCGAUCGUGUUGGUAGGCGUCACUCUGUACCUCUAAGCAUAUCGAAACCGUUGAGUGUACCUUCACGUCAGACACCGAGGAGAGAAAGUCUGCCGAGUGAGCAAAUCAAAGGAAAGAGUUCCUUGCAGAAACUAGAAAAUCAAAGUCUGUUAGAGCCUAGCUCGUUAUCCCUGUUGUCCUCCAAAAGCAGCAUAGCUGAGUCAUCGAAUGUUAGCGCUGAGAGACCAGUUAGUGCGAAGGAUCUCCUACCAGAGACGAGUAUAGCCAGUAUUACCAGCAGUACCGAGGCAUCAAAAUUAAACACUGUUUUGCAAUCGGAUGAUCAAUCUAAUGCACAAAUCAAGCAACUCACACGACAACAGACCUUUCCUCCGUUGCAACCGUACACAAGAACAAGAUAUAUGUCUACAACCACGGAGAUGUCACAAUGUUACACUCAGAUCUUAAUAGAAGCCGACAGUUCUUCCAGUUGUUCAACUCCCACGAAGAACAAAUCGUGUUCAAGCGGCCGAUGUUGUUCGCCACCAUCUUUACAUGAUUCUGAUACAUGCUACCAAAAGAAAUCCGAUACCUUGAAAGUCUCCCAAAAAUUAUUAAUGGUAGAUACCAAAAGACGAGGCUCGACAUUGUCGAAUACGAUUAAACAGAAGCAUGCUCUCAGCUCGGAGCGCCGUCAUUCUAUGCAAACUAUUCGCACCGAUGAUUCUUUUUCUAAACAUCGGCGCAAAAGAUCCUCUUCUGCUCAAGAUUCCGAUUCCACACAGGUGUUCUAUGUUACGUUAACGGGCUCUCACGGAGACAAGAACAAUGUUUCUGAUAUGUCUGCUGUGAAAUCUAAAUUGAAUUUGGAUUGUAAUGUCAAACGUAACCGUCAUAGUGCGAAAUUGACAGUUCAAGAACUGCGGACUACGUUAUCAUCUAAAAAAUUAGAUCAAUGUACUUCAUCGGCUAAGAGUGCGUAUUUUGAUCAAGAGCCGCGAAGAUACUCAACCCCUAUCACAGAGUAUAGAACAAUGAUUGACCAUGCAGGUAGACGAUACACCACGAUACCAGUGUCUUCUGAGUUUAGCACUCAUAAAGUGUUCUUUAUCGGUAGUCCUCCCGAUUCACCGCCUCGUAAUCAGAGUGUGUCCUCGUCGAGUGAUAGUAGUGGUGAGCCAAAAAAAAAUAUCGAUGAUUCGAGUAACGAAGCUGUUAUUAUUGGCAGUAAAAGGGAAUUGGAUUGCACGAAAGAAAAGAAUUCGAAAAUUAUGAAGUUGAGUUCUGACGCGCAGAUGAAGGAAAAUGUUGAUCCCCGUACAAACGACGAUUUCGCUAAAACAUUAGCGUUGUCUCGUAGAGGAAGUCAGGGAUGGGCAAGAAGGCGUGGAUCAGCUCCGGUCGGUCUUCUAUCGAAACUCGAUGACUCUAAUCCAACUACUGUACCCACCAGAAUUGAUCAUAGUUGUAGACGUGGAUCUGUACCGACAGACAUCGCUAGACAUCAAGUCGGAGGUUGUAAUCGGCUCGCUUUAGGACCUCGAGAAAACAAUUUUUUAGCCCUAAGAAGAGCUAGUCUUCCGCAAGAGAUUGCACUGGAAAAUCUUUCUGAAAAUGUCUUGACUUUAACUAGCGAUCGUGAAAGCUUUUCAAUCAACAACAAUAAUAAUAACAACAACAAUAGCACUAAUAACAGCAACAACAAUGGCAUUAGUAAACUAUUCGAUAGCAGCGUUUCUGGAAUGUUUUCCCCGAGACGAGGAUCAGUACCAGCAGACAUAUCCGAGUUACGCCACGAUAUGUUCAGUAGAAAUAGCGUAAAUAGCAAAUCACGCAGCCGCAAGAAAAUUUUAAAAAGACGAAGUAGUGGGGGCCCGGAAAUGUUCACCGGGGAAUCCACCGACGGAAACGAUAAUGGCACAUGGCUCAAAUGGAAGAGGGAAAUAGGAAAGCGCGAUCCUGUUCCCGAAGCGCUUGUCAAACGAAGAGGAUCUCUACCUAUAGAGAUGGUGGCUGUUUCACAUGCUGGUCGGUACAACCAUAGAUAAAGGAGGAUAUCGCGUAAUACAAACGGGUACAAAUACGUUUUC